AUGGCUUUGGUCCAGUCAUCAUCAAACCAAACAACAUUUCCAGCCAUUAAUGCAGGGGAUCUCAAUGUCGAAGGAAAAGCAGUUAAUGCUACUAAAACCCACACAGAGGAAUCAAAUACUUGUUCUGAACCUGGGGUUGUUGAGGUUCAAGGUGGUAACAAACCCACCUCAUCAGAUCUCAUCUACACAAAGGAAACUCAGAUCUCUUGUAGCAACGAAGAGGGAGUCAUCCAUUUGAACGAGGCUGAGAUUACAAGAGCCAUCAAUCCUCAGCCUUGCACUAAUCCCAAGGCCCAACAGGUGUCAAGUGCAAAUCAUAACCCUGAUAAUCUAAGGGCCAAAGGAAAGCCACCUGCCCCAAAUGACAACCAGAUGGUAAGAACUGAGUGGAAACAGAAGCAGAAGAUCCAAGAAACAACUAAUGGAAAGGAUGUGGAUCCAGCUCCAAUUGAUAAGGGGAAGAACAUUGUCUCCACAGUCAUUAUAGACCCCCCCUAUGGAGACAGUCAGUACACCAAAAGAGCAGUAGCCUACAACUGCAGCUGA